AUGACGCUCAGCGGGCACCCCCCGGGGCCCCUCCGCUCCCCACAGGCCUGGACAGCGAAUCUGGUUGCGAUGGAGACCGUGUCCCUGGAGCACCAGAUCCAGAGCGUGCACCGGCACAUCGCCUUCCUGAAGAAGGAGCAGAUGGAGCUGCUCCAUGCCCUGCACCUGGAGAUCCUCCGCUUGCAGAAGCACUGCUCAGAGCUCACUCAUGACCUGGAAAUGAAAGAGCUGGAAGCCCGUCAGCAAGAGGUGCUGGACCGGGAGCUGGAGGAGAAGUGCCGCGCGAUGGAGGCGCAGCUGCAGGAGAAGGAGAAGGACAACCUGGAGCUGCGCAAGGAGCUGCAGCACAAGGAGACGCUGGUGGCCGCGCUGCGCUCCAGCCUCCGCAACAAGGAGCGCCGGUUCCUGGAGCAGCUGAAGCGGCGGAGCCACCGCGUCACCAUCCUCGACACGGAGCUUCAGAAGCAGACGGAGGCGGCCGCGUACCUCUCGCUGCAGCUCCACGCCACGGCGCAGCGGCUGCCGGCGCCCCGCGGCCCGCAGCAGGCUCCCGACAGCGGCCCGGCCGACGGCAGGCCCCGGCGCCGCGGCCACAGGGCUCAGCCCCGGCGCCCGCCCGCUGACGGUGCCCGGCCCAGGGACCCCGCGCCCGAGGAGCACGACGCGAUGCCCGACCCGGCGCUCUUCCUGUACACGGCGCGGCCGCAGCGCCCGCAGCCCCCCGCGGCCCCCCGCACACAGCGGCCGCCCCGGCCCCCCGCGCAGGAGCCCGUGGCCAGGGCCAGGUCGGGCAAGGGGGAUCCCGGCAAGAGGCAGGGGCCCGGACCCCGCGGCUCCCCCGGCACCAAGGAGUAGAGGCCGAGCGGCCGGCAUGGCCUGAGCCCUGCGGCACCGGGGGGGGCACCGGCCAGCGCUGCGUCCCCUCGAGGGGAAGGGGCGGCGGAAGGCGGGUGCCCUGCUCGCACCUCCUGAUGCAGGCAGCCAGGAGGAUCCCCCUUGCACAAAGGGUCUGAGCGCUGCGGGACAGUGGGCAACAGGCACGGGGGCUGCAGAGGGGACACGGCUGGGUCCUUGUCCAGAGCUCCAAGGAAGGAAGGAAGGAAAGGUGGCAUUCGGCAACGAGAAGAGCUUCCUGCUGCUGCCCCUCGGAGCAGAUGCCAGGUGUGUUUCCCCGGGCCAGGGUGCCAGGAGAUGGAUGUGCAGCAGCAAGCAAGGGGCACAGGGUUUGGCACAAUGGGAUGAGCUCAUUCACUGGGGCUGGGCUGGAGAGGAUCCCAGAUGACAAAGCAAAGUGCUCUGGGCUGCAGGCAGCUGAGUGGAGUUGGUUCUGUGGCUGCAGGAGGGAUCUCAUCUGCAGGGCACAGUGCAACUGUGCCGGCCUGGUCCUGCUCCUUCGCUCCCUGCACAGCAGUUUGUUUGCCUCUGCAUUUACACGCAGGACUUGGACAGGUGGCUGGAGGUGACCCAUGAGCACCAGUCCUGUCAGAUGCCCGCAUGGCUCCUAACCCACCGCAGCCUCACUCCAUGUGCUGCAGCUCAUGUCACCUGCACCAGGCUGGUCUCCUCUCUGCACCAGCAUCUCGGUCCCCAGUCACCUCCACAGCCAGGUGUGGGUUUGUCACCUCCAGUCCUCCCCACGGCCUCCCUGCACUGCGGCCGUGCAGCCUCGCCUGGUCUGCAACACAAACCAUCAUCGUUACACCUCCAUCCCCCGGGUGUUGUGGUAGAGCAGGGAGAGCAGAGCAGGGCUCUGGUGGCAGGGCAGGGUGAAGGGCUCUCUGCUCCAGCACCAUUGGGACCUGCACUGCUCCAAGGGGCAGGUUCUACCCUGAUGUGUAGCUGCAGCCCUGGCUCCAGUCCCUGCCUGCAGCCUGCUCCCUGCCCCACUGCCUCCAUGGCUGGUGCGGCCGCGAUGGGAACCCCAUUUCCUUCCAGUUCAGUAUGAGACCUCUCCAGAAACAAGGCCCUAGCAGACAGCGGGGCUCGGCCUGCCCCAGCUCCCCGCAGCGUGCCCGUGCAGUCAGAGGUGUCUAUUUUUGUAGUUCAAUAUUUAUAUACUAUAUUAAAAUGCUUUUACGAGAUUCUCAGCAGCAGCCCCUAGGCCAGCCCUUUGGCACAAACCAGCCCCAUAGCGUACAAGCUGCAUGAGCAGGACAGGAAGUAGCAGCUUUUGUAGCUAUUUAUUUGCCUGUGAUGUGAAUAGCCAAGCUUUGGAAGGCAAGACCCCUCCUGUUCCUCCUUGAGGGUUGGGACCCCCAUUCCCCAGUCUGAGCUUGGGAAGAAGCCCAGCAAAGCCACGCUGGGGCAGCUCCCCACUAGCAGGGAUCCAGGGAGCAGUUGCCCUGUGUGGAGCCCUGCAGGGGUUCAACUUUAGUAGGAGAUUUCUGCAGCCCCUGAUGCAUCCCAGAGACCAGCAGAGCCCCAUCAGCUCCUGCCUGCCCUCCCCUGCUGCCACCCUGGAAAGGGCUGCAAGGUGCUCCCAUGCCUGCACUGUGUGCCCCAGCUGCCCUCCCGAGGCAGGAGGGGAGCCAGGGCACAGUGGGGUGCAUUGGCACGAGUGUGGUACAGUUACACAAGGGAGACAAGCCCCAGCCUGGCUCCCACUGCAGAGCAGUUCAAGGCAGGCUUGGGGUGUGCUUGGGGCCCAGCCAUCACCCACCCAUCAGAGGCAGAGCGGGGUGGCGAGGGGCAGCCUGUGCCCCACUGCACCGGGGCAGCAUUGCGGCCACCCGGUCCCCGUGGUGUGAUGCAGGGGAGGUGAUGCUUUGGCUUUGGAAAUCUCCGUUUCUCUCAGGUUCAGAGAGGCUCUGCUGAGGAUUUGUCUCUGUUCUCCUUUAACAUGAAAGAGGGUCACGCUGUGCUGCUCGGCUGUUCCGCUGGCUGUGGUGUGCACAGCUGCCUUCCCCUCUCCUCCCUAGACAAUCCCAAUGGAGAAUGAUGCAUUUUUCUUGGUAAGAUCAUGGUGUUCAUGACUGACCUGAGCAUUGAAAAGGGGAGGGAGACAUUGAUCCUUCUGUGUAAAUACCUGCCUAGCAAUCAGCAGUUUUAGUGCCUAGUAUGGAAAUGAAGCAACCCUGUCCGAGCUGCAGGAUCCCUCCCUCCUCACCACUAAUCAGCAGCUUGCUCAAGGAGUGAUCUCAUUUCCAGUCCCCCCAUUGCUCCCCUCCUCCCGGUGCUCCCCGGUGCUGGCGGGCGGCUGGGCAGGCCCCGAGCCCCACGGCCCUUGGAUGUGCAGGAAGAGCUGCCUACGGUGAGGGGGAGGUCCCAAAGGGAUGGAGAGGGAGCACCCCAGUUCCCCCUCCAUGCCAAUGUAAUGUACUUGGAAAUGAGCUGUCGGGGUGAUCCCUGCGCUUUUCCCUGGAGCGGGAAGGAUCAGCUCCUGUGUGCUGUACCUGCUUCAGUCACUGCUGCUUUUCUGGGGGGAAGCUUUAGAGAUGCUAUAUAUACACUUAUAUAUAUAUAUAUAUACACACACACUUGUUUUGAAGGAAAACCACUGUGUGAUUGUAAUAGAAACGCUGUUGAGAUAAUUUAUUUUAAUCUUUGUAUUUAUAUAAAAUGAUCAAGGAUGGAAGAGCAAGAGGACAGUGUUCUGUUUGUCACUGAGGGAGCUGCUGUCAGCCACAGCCCGGAGCAGUGGGAGCCCAGGCAGUGCCUGCGCUCCCCUCCCUGGGCUGGGGGUCCUGCAGACCCCGCAGCUCUGCUUCAGCCCUUAGCCUGGAGGGUGUAGCGAGGUCUGUAGGUACAGUCACUCCGUUCAGACCCCCCGGGGGUCCAGAGGGUGCACAGACCAACGAGAGUAACCGCUGACCCCACGUGCUCUUUGUGGAACAAGCAAAGCUUAUGUAAAGCUGAAUGGUUGGACUGGAAAUGGAUCAUAGCAAUAAUGCUCGGUUGUUAAACAAUGUCUUGUGUGUACACCCGCGUGUGCUGGGAGCUUUCUGCGCACAGACCAAGAGCCGGCACCGCUCCGCACCCCCUUGGCUCUGCAGCGCUCAUGGAUUUGAUGUGUUGGCUUUGCUAAGCUCUCUUUUCCCCAUUCGUGUUCUUCCUAAAGCCCUCUGAGGAAGCGAUGUCUCAAACUGUGCGGGGUGAGCGGUGGUGGGGAGGAGCUGCACCCGCGCUGCUCACUGCGCUGUGCCAUUGCCGGAGCCAGCGGUGCCCGGGGGCAGAGCCGGUGGCUUGGAGCGUGUUCCCCACACUCCAGUUCCCCCUCUUGACCCUGUUGAUUAAAAGCCAUAUUUUCUGAAUGUGUUUCCUGGGGACAGUCUGAGCGCUCCCGCAGCAUC